AUGCCGGGGAUAUUGAUGAGCCUCACAUUGUCCUUGUUCAUCAUUGCGACCGCCAAGCUGCUUAUUAGGCUUACCAAUGCACUCAUCAAUGAGGCCGCUCUCGUGAACCUGCUGCUUUUCUUGUUCAUCAUGCCAGCCCUUAUUCGUGUAGUCGGCAUCUAUUUGAAACCUAAAGCUCAAGUCCUCAGCCUUGGUAUCUUGAAGUCCAGUUUAUCGUUUCUAUUUAUAGGAUCGUUACUUCUUGCCUUUGCUCCAAAUUCUCCCUUGUUAAUUGCCUCAACAAUGAUUUACGGGCUCGGGUUUGGCGCCCGCUCAGCCCUUCUAUCUCUCGCAACAUCAUGGAUUGACCUAGAACGCACCGGUACCCUGUAUAGCGCGGUAUUUCUCCUUGAACAAAUCGGUAUGCUAGCCGGUGAACCCUUGAUCCAAAAUCUACUUGGCGUUGCGGUUGGGCUGCCAGAUCCGUGGAAAGGCUUGCCGUUCAUCUGUGCCAGUGUGAGGUUUCAGCCAGCAUUACCAACCAGCAAGUUCUAUUUUGACACUCAACCACUAGUCAUUUUAUUUCAUGAGUCUCGUUUCCGCCUUUGCAAUUAG